UUUUUAAUACAUAAUUUAAUGUACAAUAACUGAAUCAGAUAAUGUAUAUGGGAAAACACUCAUCACCAUUAAUUAAAAAAAUCACACAAUUGAAACUUUUUUUUCUUAACCAAUGGAUUGGUGCCAUGUGGACAACAUCUCUCUUCUCCACCAAAAUUCAAAUAGUUCAAUUUAUUCAACAUUUUUAAUUCCAAUUUAUUUUCAACCAAUUAUUCAAUACCCCCAUUGCAUUUAAUAAACUAUUGAAAAGAGAAAUUCAACACCCCAUUGUGUAUAUAGUCUAACAGUGUGUUUGUUGAAUUUUAAGUUCAACAAUUGAAUCUUUGCAAUGAUCGAGUUGAAAACUCAAAAUUGCUUACAUGGAUUCAAUUAUAUCGAAAGUAUUCAAUUAGUUGAAGACAGGAAAAGUGAGAUCACAAAGACACAUGUCAAACAUUGUAUUUUUGAUUUAAAUAUAAAUUGAAUAUAUGAUAUUUUUUCUAUUGGUUAUCUAUAACUUUUUGGUAUUUAUUUGCUCACCCUACUUAUAUAAAGUCAAUCAUUUGAUUGUAAAAUAAUUUUUUCAUAUAUUAUUUUAAUAUCAAAAUGUAUCAUUUUAUAAACUCUAUAAAUAGAUAUUUGUUAUAUGGACACUAAAAAUAUUAUUUUAAUAAAAAUUAUUUCAAUAAUAAUUAUUUUAAUAUUUUUUACAAUUCAAAAAAAUAUAUUUUAUUUUAAAAUUAUUUAUUUUAAUCGAAUUACAUUUUAUUCAUUUUAGUAUAUAAAUCUAUAAGUAUAAAAAUAAUCGGGUAAAAUGUUAUUGUAUAAAUAAAAUUUAUAUAGAUGUUGUAUUAAUAAGUGGAUAAAUGAAGAUGAUGUGGAUUGUUAGUAGACAUAAUGAUUUGUUGAAUUUCUAUUUGCAUCAGUUGAUUGAAUGCAAUGGGAUGUUGAAUAAUUGGUUGAAAAUGAGAUGGAAUUAAACAUGUUGAAUAAAUUGAACUAGUUGAAUUUUGGCGGAGGAGAGAGAGAGGUGUUCCACAUGACACCAAACCAUUGAUUAAGAAAAAAGUUUCGGUGGUGAGAUCUUUUUGAUUAAUGAUGAUUAGUUUUUUCAUCUACAUUAUUUAAUUCAAUUAUUGUAUAUUAAAUUAUGUAUUAAAAAAAUUAUAUAAAAUUUAUCAUUUUCAUACUCUAUAAAUAGAGAUUUAUUAUAUUAGAUUUAAAUGCAGAAAAAAAUAUUUUUUCAAUAAGAAUUUUCUAAUUAGUGUUUCAUAAACUCUCGUUUUAAUCGUUUUUCUAUCAUCGGAGAAAAUGAAUCCCCAACAAUAAUUAUUCAAAUAAUUCCCAAAAUUCUUCUAACUACCCUUUCAACUAUCUAUAUCCCAACACUUAUCUAAAUCCAACAACUAUCCAUUUCAAAAUCAAUCGUCCAACCAACCCCAAAACAUACCAAAUUAUGGUUUUCCACCAAGUUUGUUCAUGUCGUUAGCUAUUCCAAACUAUCAUCCAUAUUACGCUUCAGCGAUGUUUUAUUCAUCUCAACCACCUACUUAUUCUUCUUCUCUGAUGGGUAAUGUAAUUUUUUCGGAUGUUGGAAAAAUUGAAUUUCCAUUUUCUACACAAAUGACUCUUGAUGGUAUAAGUGGUGUUAAUAUAGCCACUCAUGGUGCAGAAAAUUCAAUCCAUGCUAAUCCAGAAAAGCGCAAAAAGGACCACUAAGCAAAGUUUGGUGCUACUGAGUGGCUGGAUCAAAUAUGGAACAUACGUUGCUAUUGGAAGAAACCAGAAGAGCGGAUUAAUUUAGAGUAAAAUUGUUGAGUAUUGUAGUGAGCAUUCCUCAUUUGAUCCUUCGUGUGGUGCAAUUUUGUGCAGAAAUCAUUACAAUUAGAUGAAUUAAAAAUUGAGAAAAUGGAUUGUCCCUUAUGAUAAUGCUAAGUGUCUGCAACAAAGUGGAUGGUCGGAGCAAGAUGUAUUGGCGAAAGUACAAGAAAUCUAUUCAGGUGGAGGUAACGAAAAUUUCAAUUUAAUGAAAGAAUGAAUCACUUCAACCACGUAAUAGUAGUAAGUUAAAAGAGAAUAUUGUCUCUGGAAGCAUUAGAUCUAAGAGAGCCCUCGAGAGUGAUGAUAGUGACUUCAACUUUGUUGGAUCCAGUGCUCGUCCAAUGGGGAGGGAUACAACAAAGAAAAAAGUUAAAAAGAAAGGUAAGGGCGCAACCUUGGAAGUGCUCAGCGAAGAUUUUAAUGAAUUGAAACAAAUCAAGGCGCAAGAGUUUGAACAUUGGAAAAAUUAGCCAUGUUGUAAGAGGAGGCAAACCAAAGGCGAAAAAGGCAAACCAAGGUGAAAGGAGGCAAACUAAAGGUAAGAAGAGACAAACAAAUUGAGGAAAUAAAAUUUUUUGGCUAAGAAGAUGAAGAUGUGGCUGAAGUUAAGUUAACAGGAACAUAUCAAUGACCAGAGCAUAGAGAUGUUCCAAUAGUUGAGCCAUGAAUUAAUUGUAGUCACAAUUGGUUGUCUGCAUCAUGCAACUCGAUGUUUUUAUGUAUUAUGUCAUUUCAUGUUUUCAUUAUGUUUGUUUGUCAAUUUCUCCUUUAAUAAUGUUAUUGUCACUUGAUGCUUUAAUAAUGUUAGAUUGUCACGUUAUACUUUAAUAAUAGAAAACCUUAUCCUCCAACCACUUAACAUGAUUGAAUAAUGAUGUCAAGUGCAUGUGACUUAUUUUUCAGUAUGAUCCGUAACUUUUCCGUUAAUGUUAUCCGUGAAUUUUGGCUUUUAAUGGAAGAAUCCCUUAUUCAAAAACGCAGGCGCCUAGCCGCCUAGUCGGCCGCCUAGGCGCUCGACGCAAGAGCUCCGAAGCGAUUUAGCCCAAAUCGGUUUGCUUAGGCGGGUCACUAUAAAAUCGGCCGCCUAACGUAAUUAAUCGGUCUCAAGCCGAUUUUUAGCCGAUAUUUAACCGAUUAAUAUACAAAUUUUUGAACUUGCAUCACAAAUGUUCUAGGCCGGUAGGAAACCCAAUUUGCUGACUAAUAACAAGGAGAGUGUGUUAUUUAUAGAGCAUUUCUAUACAACUUCUCUUCUUCCUAUCCGAUGUGGGACGUUAGUUUUUACUUUUUUUUAGCUUUAAAAACUUUUUGAGUUUUCUCUCACGUUACAAGAAAUUCUAAUAUGUUUCUUAUUGGUCUAGUUUUGCUAAUAAGCCUACUAUUACAAAUAAAGUUUAAUGAAUGUAAAAGGCAUGGUUAUGGUUAUAUCACGUACUAUAUAUUAUGGUUGUGAAGUCAAUUUAAUUUGUGUUUCAAUUGUGUAACAUUCAGGUAUGCUAACAAUUAACUUUGUUAAACCAAUAAAUAUAAAUUUUAAUAAUAAGAUACAAAACUAUUACAUUUCUAAUAUAUUUACAAUUUUAAUUUAAUAGUAUAAUAAAAUAAUAAUUAAACUAGUCCCGCGUAUACCCCGCUUAAUCCCCGAUUUUAUGGUAACUCGCUAGGCGCCAUGUUACCGCCAAACUAGCGCCUAGCGUAGUUCCGAACUGGGGAAGAAUCUUAUCUUUGAACCACUCAACAUUAUUUAAUAAUGAUGUCAAGUAUCCGUGACUUAUUCUUAAAUGUGAUAUGUUAUUUCUCCGUCAAUGUUGAAUUUUGGCUUUUAAUGGCAUGAUCUUAUCUUCUAACUGCUCAACAUGAUUUAAUUAUGCUCUCAAGUGCCUGUGACUUAUUCUUCAGUGUGAUCCGUGAAUUUUCCUUCAAUGUUCUCCGUGAAUUUCAGCUUUUAAUAGAAAAAUUUUAUCCUCCAACCACUCAAUCCAUUGGUUCCAUUUUCUUAUAAAUAUGACUCAUUCUUCGAUUUAUGUACCAAUACCACAAUGGAUUCAUCAAAAUUUCUUUUUUUUUGGUAUGGAUCCAUCAGAAUUUCUUUUUGAUAUCAAAGCUUACAAAAGGCAGUAUGAAAUUAAAGAAUGGUAUAUGCUUAACCAGUUUAGGGAGCGUCGAAAGAAAAUAGAGGAAGAUUAUCUACCUCAUAACAAGAGAAGAUACUCCAGGAGAGAUCAUGCAACGGCAAAUAAAAGAUUAAUGUGGGAACCAAAAUUCGCACUGUCAAAUUUUAUUAACGGAAGAAAGCCUAACUUUCCUUGACAUACUUAGUUUCUAUGACAAGUGGUCAAAUGCGGAAAAUAUGAAAAGACAACAAAAACAUUUUAUAUAAAAAGUAAAUUUUUAUUUCGAAUUCGCGUAAGAGCGUAAUGAUUGUUACAACAGAUUGUAAAAGAUUUGGCCGUAAAAGUUGUCAGCGAGUUUUUGUAGUUCAAAUCAAAUAAAGCCUUAAACCUAGUUGAGUCGCUUGAUAACAAAAGACGAAAAGAGAUCCAAAAAUAGUUUUUGUUGAUUUCGAACUUAACCUUAUAAAAAGCUAUCUACGUACCCCUUUCGAGGAUCAAGCCGAAUGUAGUUCAAUUUAAAAAGAGUCAAACAAGAGAUCAAACUGCCUUUGCGAUUUUGUCUCGUAAUCAAGUGCUAGUCAUAGAAACUAAGUAUGUCAAGAAUAAUGCCUAAAUUUUCUAAGGGAAAGAGUUCUAAAAUUAAAAAAAAAAAUCGCCCCCAUUCUUCUCUGCCUCAGAUGUGCUUAUAUAUGUCUCUAGAGUCUGCCACCUUUCCUUAUCCCUUCGAGAUUUGAGUUUAUCCUUUUGUAGAGAUAUUUCUUUAUCUUCUCAAAAUCCAUGUUUAUCUUGGAAACUUCACAUCUAUCAUCUUUUCCCAUCUUUCUUUAUCCAAGUCGGAUAAAAUGUCAUUGCACUUGGGUUUGUUCUUGUUUUAAACCAUAAGUGAGCUUUCGUCAUGUUUAGGCCAUUUUAGACUUAAGAAAUUUUACGAGUAUUUUCGGACAUAUCGUCGAUUUGUCUGAUUUUCAUUUUUGAAUCGUUGGUCCUAUGGACUGAUGACAAUCAAUCCAUUUAGUCGAGGAUACUAUGGUGUAAAGUUAACCAGUAAUGUCUUUACAUUUGACUUGAAAUUUUUUGAGAAAACAACGUCUUGCUUGUUUUUCUCAGUAAAAUCUCAACGAAACUCCAAUUUCGACGAGAUUCAAAGGAGAACAUGAUGAGAGCCUCACUGGGCGACAUUUACCAAUAAUGAAUGGAGUUUGGCGACAUUGACUUGAUGAGAGAAUUAGUUUGGCGACAUGGUCCAUCUAGAGAGGGAGUUUGGCGACGUGGUCCAUCUAGAGAGGGAGUUUGGCGACAUGGAAGUAAGGGAGAGUGAGUGUGGCGACAUGGAAGUGAGGGAGAGUGUGUGUGGCAACAUGGAGGUGAGUGUGGCAACAUAGAAGUGAGAUAGAGUGAGUGUGGAGACAGGGAGGUGAGUGUAGCAACAUGGAGAUGAUGGAGAGUGAGUGUGGCGACAUGGAGGUGAGGGAGAGAGUGUGACUUGAUGGUGUAGAGAGAGGGAGUGUGGCGAGGUGAAAGAGAUAGGGAGUGUGGCGAGGUGAGUGUUGUGUUGCCUUUCUUCUGUUCUCAUUUCUUCCAUUGAUUGCUUCGUAAACCUUCUGAACUAUUUUGUUUGCUUUUUCGCAAGUUUUUCCGCAAAGAUUUCCCGAAAGUUUUUUUACGGAAGAUUAUCUUUUAAACUUUCCUAUGACAUUCUUCCGUGGAAACCUUUCUUUCAUUUUAUGGAAGUUUGUUUCGUAAAGACUUGUUGGAAGGUUGUCCCGUAAAGACUUGUUAUUUAUCGCAUGAAUCUUUUGCACGAAUGUUUUUUCCGAUUCUUUCAUGUUUGAACAAGAAACUUGAUUAUUUCUUGCUUGAGGAAGGAGGAGACCGGAAAGCUCAUUUCUUCUCUUUCUAAUCAUGCUAGCGAAUUGUAGGAUGCUAGAGUUCCCAUAUAAAAGAAAUUCAUUUUCGUGGCAUUAAAACAAUGAAACCAAGGGAAUGGAGCUUCGUAAAAACUUUGAUGCUACACUUGGUUUUGCAGAAAAAUUGGCUGAUCUAUUGAUGUUUUGUGUGACUUUGAUAUCCUAUUAAAUGGUCAUUAAUGGAGAUCCAUGGGAAGGAUUACUCCCACGAGAGGCAUGAGGCAAGGUGACCCACUCUCUCCGUUUCUGUUCAUUUUAUGCACUGAAGCUUUGAUUAUCCUUCUAAAUGGAUCAGAAGUAGAGAAUCAGAUUAUGGGACUGAGGGUGGCUUGGGCUAUCCCACAGAUAUUACAUCUUCUCUUUUCAAAUGAUAGCCUGCUCUUCUAUAAAGUAGAAGUGGGACAAUGUAUGGAGAUACUAAAUUGUUUGAAAUCUUAUGGAAAAUCUUUGGGUCAAAGAUUAAAUGCGGCCAGGUCUUCCAUAUUUUUUUGGUAACGAAGUGGACCACAUUGUAUGACAAGAUAUAAAAGACACUCUUGGGAUUAUGACUGAAUGAGGCAUGGGGAUGUACUUAGGACUACCAGAAAAAAUAUGUGGUUCUAAAAUGAAAGCUUUCUCUUUUGUUCAAGAUCGAUUCAAUGGAUGUGUUAACUUGUGGUCGGAGAGAGUAAUUUCAAAGAGUGGCAAGGGGGUGAAAAUAAAAGCUGUGGAUCAAGUAGUUCCAGCAUAUAUGAUAUCAGUCAAAUUACCCUAAGUAGUGAUUUAUACUCUCUCAAAUAAAAAGUUCAGUUGUAAUACUUAGGGAUCAAAUCCACAGAGACUCUAAGAUUACACAAUAGAUUUGUAGUUUUCGAAAUAAAGCUAGACGAUUAUUAUUAAAGUGGUAAAUCAGUUGAACAAAUUAGUUGUUCGAUUGAAUUGUUUUAGGUUGUAAACUAUUUGGCAAAGAGCUAGAUUCGGGAUAAUUCUUAUGUGUGACAAGUAUGCAAACUUAAUUAAGUUUAUUAGGAAUUAUAAAUUAUAUGUUCUCGAAUUCAAACUUAAGUAUAAUCUAUCAACUUCCAUUUGUUUAGAUUAUCUAAUGUCUAGAUCUAAGAUCUCAGAUGUCGCUUGUUGAUCUUGAGAAAGUGUCGAUCGACGAUCUUAUAAGAAUGUCAAUCGAUACACCUUUCAGCCCAUCGAUCGAUACAACUAUUGAGUUGUCGAUCGACGUUCCUUCUAGCACGCUUUGCCAACAGGUUUGAAUAGGUUCUUUAAUCUUCUGGACCAAAUUCCGUGUAUAUCCAGUCAAUUAGAUCAUACUAGUUAGUUUCAGUCAAUUAACCAAGCUUCCGCUUCCGCUAGUUAAACCUAAGAUCUAAAUUUAGGGUGAUCAAUCCUAGAGUUAGCAUUAAGAGUAAUUAGAUGAAGAACUAUUUACAACAUCCUAACAACAAUUCAUAUUAGCAAUACAUAGACCACCCUUUGAAAAACCCUUAUCUAACAAUAAGACUACUCAGACAUAUUCAUAAGAAACAUGGUCAUGAUGGUCUGAAUAAUACUUAAAUGAAAUGAGUAUGAAAAGUAACAAGACAAAGCAAAGAAACAAGGGAGUUGAAGAUCUUCUCUGUUAUGAAAUUCAAAGAUCUCUCUCCUCUCCUAAACUCUCCAAGCUAUCAAGUGUGCAGUAUCUUCAAGUGUGUAACAAUGGUAGAAGUAGUCUCAAGAAGGUCUGCCUCUAAAAUGAUACAAAAUUCUAAUAAAUAGCCUAAUAUGUAUGGUGCAAUAACUUCGAGUUUUGGGUAAAACUUGUGAAAAUGGUAAAAAAUUAUUUAUAUUUUUAUUUAUAAUAUAUGAAUAUUAAAAUCUUAGUUAAAAAUUUAAGAUAAUUUUAAAUUAUAGUAUUUUUUUAUGAUUGUUACAAAAUGCAGUGUUACUUGCAAACACUACAUUUAUGAGUCGUACAUACAAAACGAGUCCAACCCUUGUUGUCGCUUUGAUAUUUUUUUUAAAUCAUUAGAACUUCUCCCAAAGGGGAAAUGAAGAAAAGUUUCUAAUAAUUAUUUAAUGUUUUAAAAAAGAGAAAGUGGAGUGGAACAAUGAGGAUCUGUUCCGUGCAUACAACUUUUAAGAAUCAUUUAAUAUACUCUACUGCCAUUUGAAUCUCAUUCAUUGGUUCAUUUUUUAAUGUUUUAAUUAAUGAAAUAAUUAUAUUAUUUUUGAUAGUAUUAUACUUUUUCUGUUCCUAAAUAUAAGAUGUUUAGGUAGAAACACACAUAUUAAGAAAACUAUUUUUUUGUCUAGAAAGUAUCAUUAAAACUAUAGUAUUCAACCAAUUACAAAAUAGACUAUUAACAUAUGAUUGGGUAUACAGUUUUUAAUAAAGUAAAAGUUACCAAGAAAAAUAAAAAUAUCUUAUAUGUUAGAACAUCAAAAUUCUGUAAAACAUCCUACUUUUAGGAAUAGAAAGAGUAUUAGCUAUAUAUUCAACAUUAAAUAGUAUUAUAUUAGCUAGAUAUACCAGCACUAAUGUAUUAGAUCCCGUCAUAAUUCUGCAGUUAAGCGUGCUUGGUCAAGAAUAAUACUAGGAUGAGUAUACUAGGAUGAGUGUUGCCACAAAAAAAAAAAAAAGAUAGUAUUAUAUUAGCUAGAUAGUGUUGCUCUUAUAGUCUCUUUGAUAUGGGGAGGGGAUAAUUCCAAAUAACAAUUUUAAAUAGAAAAAAAAAACUAUUUGAUUUCAAAAUUUGAAAUUGAUAACGGCAGAAAUCUUCAAUAACUUCAUUUCAUCCUUCAACUCCCCAUUUCUCAAAUCACACAUCAGCCAAAACAUGGCGUCUCUCACAGGAGGAAUCCUGCUGAAGCUCCUCCAAUGCAUGAACUCCAACACACGGCCAACGGGAGAGCACAGAUCCGCAAUCCUUCAAGUGACAGGAAUAGUGCCAGCCCUGGGCGGGUCCGAUCAAGGGUUCUACGUCCAGAUCUCCGACUCUUUGAACUCCACCUACGUCUCUCUCUCCCAACGCGACUCCACACAUCUUAUCCUCACCAACCGUCUUCAGCUCGGCCAGUUUAUCUACCUCGACCGCCUCGAAUUCUCCACCCCCGUCCCUCGCGCCGCCGGUCUCCGCCCCCUCGCUGGCCGUCACGCCUUCCUCGGAACUCCCGAGCCGUUGAUCGCGCGCGGAUCCAAACGAGAUUUCGUUAUCCAGCCCGUUUCCUCUUCUGACUACUCGCUUGACCCUAUCGCCGUUUACUUAAACAAUAAACGGUUCGAUGAUGAUGGUGAUGACGUGGCGGUGGCGCCGAAUGGGAGGCCAGCGCUUGCUCCAGUGAACCAAAACCAGAAACCUAAGCAGAAGACGCCGCAAAGAUUCUCGUCACCAGCAUCGGCUAAGCAACGUUCAGUGGAGAGAGAUCCAUCCCCGGCGGUUUCGGGAAAAGCGAGGAGAUCUGCGUCUCCGGUUCCCUCCAAAUGCGUAGUGCCGAGUCUUGCGGCGGCGCGUGAGGAGGAGAGCAGGAAGGUUGUUAGAGAGCCAUCCAUUGUUGUGCCUUCUAGAUACAGACAGCCAUCACCUAAUGGAAGGAAGGUGAAUCCAUCUCCUAGCGGAAGGAGGAUGUCGAUUUCUCCGGGGAGAAGGAAGAAGAUGGCGGUGAUUCCCAAAGUCUCGGAGGCUCUUGUGGGAUCUUCAGCUAAACAUGUUAACCGGAAGAAUUGGGAUGAACCUGAGCAGAAGGACAAGGGUUGUGAUGUUAAGAAUAAGCCUCAUCUUCUAGCAAUUUUGCGUACUCAGGCUGCUAUGUCAAGACGUCUUAGUGAUGCAAACAGGCGGAAGAGCGUUUCCUCCGCGUGUGAAGAGAAAGUGAAGUCGUGUUCGUCAGAGACUAGUUUAGUAGAAGAAGUUUCAGACAUCACUUAUCAUGAUCGGAAAUGGACAGAUGGUAGUGUCCCAUUGGAUAGCAUCUCAGGAGAUCUUGCAAAACUUGCCAAGGAGGCAAUGCAAAGAAGAAACUUCGCUGCCAAAGCUGCAGCUCGAGCAUUGGAGGAAGCUAAUGCCAAUGAGUGCAUCAUAAGAUGUUUAAGUAAAUUCUCGGAGCUUUCUUCUGCCCCUAAAGUUGGGAAUCCGCUGCUGACCAUCAGCCAGUUCUUGGUAAUCUACGAAGAUGUUGUGAAAUACAGUCAGAUCGUUAACUCAAUAGCUUCAGAAGACAAUUUUCGUUUGUCAUCUGAGCAACAGAACCCAAUAUCUCUUUGGGUCGAAGCUGCUUUAGCUACUAACCUCGACGUUGUCUCACUGGUGAAAAGCCAGAAUAACCACGAAUCACCUUUGAAGAGAUCAACUCCUACUCGCCUCUAUCCAGGAUGCUCUACAAAGACAGACAAUAUUGUUGGGAUGUGGACAGAAGUAGAAGGCAUGAAGGAGACGGCUAAAUUCGCAGUGAAUGUAAAAUCCGAAAUGCAACUGUGGUUCAUUGGGUUCGUGGAAGAGUCGUUAGACAAGAAAAACACAGCAGUGCAGCCUUUAGACGGUAGUUCCGUAGCUGCUGUUCUGUCUCAUCUGAAACAAGUUAACGAGUGGUUGGACCGGGUCGUGUCGGACCAAGAUAACCAGAUCACAACAAUUUCUCUAACCGACAAGAUAGAGCGACUGAAACGCAAAAUCUAUGGAUUCGUAAUCCACCACGUGGGAUCCACUUAUGACAACUCGGCUUCCGCUUCUUGAUUUUCUUUUUUCUAUCUUUUGCUUUUGUCUUCAACGUUUCAAUACAUUGGCUUUUUAAAGAUAAAUCUACAACUAUGUUCAAAU